GAGACGGAGGGCGGGCUGAGGCGGAAGUUGCCGACGGUCUUCCGGGAAAGGCCGAAGUGGGCUGUCCGUUGCCUUCCGACUCUGACACAGAGACUCUGUAGGGAAAAGCAGCAGCGGCGGCGGCGCGGCGACGCUCUGAGGCGGGCUCUCUCGCCUCACCCUUCUUCCCCCUCUUCGGUCCGUCCCUCUCUCUCUUCCCCCAUCUCCUCCUCCUCCUCCUGUGUCCCGCCCGCCUUCCCCCCUUCUCUCCAUUCACCGGCUUCUCUUUGGGCCCACUUUCGGCCAGGCCUUCGGAGUCGUUGCCGCCGCCUUCCUUGGCCCUUUCCCUCCCUCCCUCUCUCCUCUCCCUUCUCCCUCCCCAAGGCCCCGGCUCUGGGUCACUAGGCCGAGCGGGAGGACGAGGAGAGAGAGGUUGGGGCCUCCUCCGAAGGGUGAGGAAGGAAGCCAGCCAGCAAACAAGCCAGCGAGGGAGCCGCCGCCGACCCCAAAGACCCGCCAGGAUGAUCAAGCUUUUCUCGCUGAAGCAGCAAAAGAAAGAGGAGGAAUCGGCCGGAGGGACCAAAGGCUCCAGCAAGAAAGCCUCCGCCGCCCAGCUCCGCAUCCAGAAAGAUAUUAAUGAACUGAAUUUGCCGAAAACGUGUGAAAUAGACUUUUCAGACCAGGAUGACCUCCUCAACUUCAAGUUAGUUAUCUGCCCAGACGAGGGCUUCUAUAAAGGUGGGAAGUUUGUUUUCAGUUUUAAGGUGGGGCAAGGCUACCCACAUGACCCACCCAAGGUCAAGUGUGAGACCAUGGUGUAUCACCCAAACAUAGACCUAGAAGGCAACGUUUGCCUAAAUAUCCUCAGAGAGGACUGGAAGCCUGUACUAACAAUAAACUCUAUAAUUUAUGGCCUGCAGUAUCUCUUCUUGGAGCCAAACCCCGAAGAUCCCCUGAACAAAGAGGCUGCUGAAGUCCUCCAGAAUAACAGACGCCUGUUUGAGCAGAACGUCCAGCGCUCUAUGCGGGGCGGUUACAUUGGCUCCACUUACUUUGAGCGUUGCCUCAAAUAGAACUGACCGGCUCCGGGCACAAACCUGCCCUCCCCUUGCCCCUUCAUCUCCCUUCCAGCUCUCCUAAGGGACUCUGCCAACACCGCUGCCUUCAGCCAUCAAGGGGGCACAGGAGUCAGAAAUUGGCAGGGGCCCCCUUCCAUCUGCUCCCCCUACUUCCUCGCCCCACCUGCUCGCCUUCCUACCAUCCCUCUGCCAGCCUGGGGCCUCGGCAACUGCUGCCUCGCCAGAUCCUCAUACCUCUCUCGCCACUCUCCCUAUGUGUUGCUGUGGGGAGAGGGGUGAGGUUACUGCUGCUUUGCCCCACCCACCGUGUUGGGGUAGUCAUGUGCCCUCCCCUGGGACCGGUAUGUGGGACCCCACAUUGGUGCCCGUCUGCCUUUCUGUGGGUGCGGGUGGGGGGUGCUGUGGUUUUGCUGCUAAGAACAGAAGGCUCCCUCUGCUCAGGCGCUCCCUGCCCACAGCGCAGUGUCACCCUUCUCUGUGAGCUGCUGCAGGCCACUUGGCUAUCCUAACUUCCUCCCCUGCUGGGCACCAAGGCUUCUGAGCGUAACUAUUUAUUACAUGUGGGAGGCUUGUGAGGGUUGUGUGAGUCUGGAAAGCUAAAGAGGGGUGCUCAGCCACCUCCGCUCUGCCGCAGGCGCCGUGGCUCUGGGGAGGCUGGGUCGGGCCUGGAAGUAUUCCUUUUAGAAUCAACUCACUUGUGUGUCUGGUUUUUAAGGAAAAAUAAAAAGACAACCAAAACAACGAAUGCUAAUAAUAGUAGUAAUAAAAAUGUAAGCGGGGCAGUGCUGUCUCCACCGGGGCCUGUCCAGCAAUGAACUCUCUCUCUGCCUCUCCAGUGACUCCUGCAAGCUCCUGGCCAAAAUAAAGCCACUGUACUUCUAGUGUGUCGGGUUAUUAAAGGGGAAUGUUAGCGCACUCAA